GCGUCCCAACGCUUUUUGAAUGUCCUCUUCUUCCGUAUAGCUGGAAGUAUGUUCCGGAUAUGAUCGUCACCUGAUAAAACUGCUCCAGUUUUAAGAAAACGUAUUGUGGAGUGUCUGCGAUAUAUCACCUGUGUCCUAAUGGAAGUAAAUCCACCAAAAAUCAAGGUCCUGCUCAGAGACAACGACAGACUACAGAAACUCAAAACUGCAUUUACUGGAAAAUAUGAAGAAAGUCCUCUGUUUUAUGCAUGUGCUCCUGGCAGAGUGAAUUUAAUAGGCGAACACAUAGACUACUGCGGUUAUGCCGUCCUCCCUAUGGCUAUCGAGCAGAAUAUCCUUGCUGCUGUAUCUGUGAACAACUCUCAGACAAUCCAACUGGCCAACACUGACCCCAAAUACAAGGACUUCACAGUGUCUGCCUGUGAAAUCACCAUAGACCCAGAGAAUCCUCAAUGGCAUUAUUACUUCCUUUGUGGAGUCAAAGGUAUUCAGGAACAGCUGAGCUUGUCUUCUCUGGCUGGGAUUCGGUGUGUUGUAGAUGGAACGAUUCCAGCUAGUUCAGGCCUGUCUAGUUCCAGCGCUCUGGUGUGCUGCGCUGGCCUGGUCACGAUGGAAGCCAACCAAAAGUCUGUCUCCAAAGUAUUGUUGGCUGAGACAUGUGCCAAGUGUGAACGCUAUAUUGGAACUGAAGGAGGAGGGAUGGAUCAAUCCAUAUCUUUCCUUGCUGAAGAGGGAACUGCAAAGCUGAUCGAUUUCAAUCCCCUGAGGAGCACAGAUGUGAAGCUCCCAGAUGGUGCUGUCUUUGUAAUUGCUAACAGUUGUGUGGAGAUGAACAAGGCAGCCACAUCACACUUCAACAUUAGAGUGGUGGAAUGCCGUAUUGCUACAAAGAUACUGGCUACGGUCAGAGGCCUGGAGUGGAAUAGCCUGCAGAAGCUGGGAGAACUACAGACACAGCUAGGCUCGAGUCUGGACAAGAUGCUGGAUUUGGUGGAGGAAGUCCUUCACCCUGAGCCCUACACCAGAGAAGAAAUUUGCAAGAUGCUGGGAAUCACUGCUCAGCAGUUGUGUGAUAAUAUCCUCAGUGCUAACACACAGCAUGUGACCCACUUCAGUCUGUACCAGCGGGCCAGGCAUGUGUACAGCGAAGCGGCACGUGUGCUUCAGUUCAAGGCUGUGUGUGAUUCGGCACCUGCUGAUGCUGUUCUGCAGCUUGGUGAGCUAAUGAACCAAAGCCAUGCUAGCUGCAGAGACUUGUAUGAGUGUAGCUGCACAGAGCUGGACCAGUUGGUGGACAUUUGUCGGGAGGCUGGUGCAGUGGGUUCCAGGUUAACAGGAGCUGGAUGGGGAGGCUGUGCUGUUUCCAUGGUACCCACUGAAAGGACGGAUUCUUUUCUCCGGACAGUGAAGGAGCGUUACUACAUGCCUCAUGCUCGACGAGCAGCUCUGGUAAAGCAGAGCCUUUUUGUAACCAAGCCAGGGGGAGGAGCAGCUAUUUUUACAGAAGAAUAAAAACUGAGGGAGAUUUAUAUAUAUAUAUUGAGGGGUUUUUUCCAUCAUGACCAAACUAUCACUUUUAUUGCUUCCAAUCAACCAUUUACAGGGAAUGCAGUGAAUAUUUCUUCAGAUUGUAGGUCUGAUUGAAAAUAAUUUUAUAUAAUUUUCCUGAAUUAUGCACCGAUUAAAAAGAUUGUGGAAGAUUGCCGUGUUUCCUGAUGUGUAGUUUCUGUAUAAUUUAUGCAGUACGUCAUCUGCGAGAAUGAGGAACAUAAGCUGUUGGAUGGUUGCCAUGGUACCUAACUAACUCACUCUCUCAAAAUAUCACUCUCAACAUUAAUGCAUUCAGUGUAUGCAUUGUAUGCUCACACUAAAGUUAAUAAACACUAAGUAAACAGAUCACAGAGAUGGAACCAUUUUAAAAUGGACAUUUUAUGUGUCUUAUAAAAAGUCAAAUGAACUGUAUAAAAUCCAUGCAUAUAAAUAAAAACAAUAAACAAAUUGCAUGGUCUUCAUUGAUAAAAUUCACAGCAGGAAAUUCUCAUACAUUCUUAACAUAAUGGAACGUUAAAUUAAAUGAGGCAAAUUGUCCAUCCAUAUAAACAAAACUCCCUAUUAUUUUCAGUUUUAAAUAAAUAAAAAACAUACACAUCCGUUUAACAUAAAAUGUUGAUUUAAACAUUUUUCUGUACAUCAGGUAUUUGCAGAAUUUGUAACAUGGGGUGGGGGUUGGGGGGGGGGGGGGGGGGG